GCGCGGAGGAUGUGGGCAGGAAACGCCGUGCGAGCGCGCAGGAGCGGUCACGCGUCCCAGCAGACGCGCUUUCAUGCGCCUCGCUGAGAGUCCGCCAGUCCAGGACCGAGCCUUUCCGCCCGGACCCGGGGAUCUGACUCCGAGCCGAGCCGAGCCGAGCCGCGCCGCGCCGGCCUGCUCGCCGGGAAGCACCGGGGCUGGUCAGCGGGGGGGCGACGGGCGGAGGGGGAGGCUUCGUCGCGGAAAAAGGAGGCGUCUGCCUGGUCUUUUCUCUUUUUCCCCCCCCUCUCAGCCAUGAGGGAGUACAAAGUGGUGGUUCUGGGGUCGGGCGGGGUCGGUAAAUCCGCGCUGACGGUCCAGUUCGUGACGGGCUCCUUCAUAGAGAAGUACGACCCCACCAUCGAGGAUUUCUACCGGAAGGAGAUCGAGGUGGACUCCUCUCCGUCCGUGCUGGAGAUCCUGGACACGGCCGGUACCGAGCAGUUCGCCUCCAUGCGGGACCUGUACAUCAAGAACGGCCAGGGCUUCAUCCUGGUCUACAGCCUGGUCAACCAGCAGAGCUUCCAGGACAUCAAGCCCAUGAGGGACCAGAUCAUCCGGGUCAAGAGGUACGAGAGGGUGCCCAUGAUCCUGGUGGGCAACAAGGUGGACCUGGAGGGCGAGAGGGAGGUGUCCUCCGGGGAGGGCAAGGCUCUGGCCCAGGACUGGAGCUGCCCCUUCAUGGAGACCUCCGCCAAAAAUAAAGGAUCGGUGGACGAGCUGUUCGCGGAGAUCGUGAGACAGAUGAACUACUCCACAGUUCCCAGUGGAGGAGACCAGUGCUGCUCCUGUGUCCUGCUCUGAACUCGCUCGCUCUCUCUCUCUCUCUCCUCACACUGUUGUCUUACUGUUGCACACAAGCGGAAAUCCACCACAACAAUCGAUUAUGUAUCAUAGUCUGGCAAAGUGUUUACAUGACAAACUACUUGAAUGUUUUGGGAUUUUUUUAUAGCUUUGUAUUUGACACUUCUCUGGAAAUGUGCCUCAGUGGGAAUGUCUUUAUUGUGAAACCUAAGAGACACGCCGUUUUCUGCUGAUAUCUUUUUGUUUCCUGUGCUUUUUAGAAGUCUGUCUGUUGAGUUAGACUUGUGCUGUGUGUGUGUGUGUGUGUGUGUGUCCUGGGCUGGAGGUGGAGGUGGAGGGGCCGCGCUGGUGUUGAGGUGGUGCUGGGCGUUUCGUCGUGCCAUAAUCUCCAGGGGCCGCUCGCCUACGGAGGCCUGAAAGUAUUUUUUAAAGAAAUCUCUCAGAAAUCUAAUCAAUCACCACUGGAGCCUUGCACAGGUUACUCAAAUUUAGUUUCACCUCCUCCAGACGGGGGCCGCCCCGUCCCGCCCAGACCCCCUGGCAAGUGCCUUCCUCGCAAACCUCCUGUGACCGUGCCAACCGAGGAGUCCCGCGCCCUCCGCAGUGCGUCUUGAUGGCAAUCAGACUGUGUUUCUUGGGUUUCUGCUGAACUGUCGGGAAUCUCCGCUGCUGUGACUGACCUGCUGUUCCGGGGUCAGAUUCGGCCUUUCGUCGAGGUACGAGCCCAACGUGAGCAACACAAGAACUCUACCUAUUGGGAUGAUCGGUUCAGUGAAUUGCAAGCCAUGUCUGUAUGUAUUAUCUAGAGAUUUUCAUUCCUUUUUUAAAUAAUGUGACAUUUUUGACUUGAGCAUAAUUGUGAUUUUCCCUUUGGACAAAUGUGUCAUCCAUCUGUCAGUUUGAAAGACUUGUAAUACAGAAACGCAUUUUACGUAACACUGAAUUCUGUGCUGGUGUCUGCUCGUGAAUCUGACCGCUGACCAAUCAGGAAGGCUUCAUUAACAUAUCAAGCGAAAGCCUGCCGCAAAAUUUAUUCAGAUAUGGAAAUGUAGGAGUUUUUCACUUCCAACAAAACUCAGUUUGCAUCAUGAUUUUCAUCCAACUUCACACUUUCUGACAUUAAACUGAAAAACCAGCAACAUAAACCGCACUUUGAUUCCAGACGUCUACAAUGAGUAUAAAGUACAUUUGACUCUGGCAUUAAGUGGGCUUGGAUACUGUUACAGUACAGUCAUUUCAAGACUCUUCCACAGAGAAAAACCAA